AUGGCUGUCGCGACAAAUGGCGAUGCCGCGUCGGCAGCGGCUGCUGCACUCGAAAACCUCAAGCCUCCGACUGGCGUCAUCAUCCCGCCGCCGGGCGAGAUCCGCGAGGCCAUCGAGAAGACGGCCGGCUAUGUCAUGCGUGGAGGUGUUGGGCUCGAGCAGCGCAUCCGCGAGAACCAUGGAAAGAAUCCCAAGUUCUCUUUCCUCAUGACGCCUACCGACCCCUACAACGCGUACUACGAGUGGAGAAAGGCCGAGAUCAAAGCUGGCCGAGGCACCGCUGUCGCCGCCGGUCGCGUGGGCGAGAGUGCCGCCGCGGCGGUUAAGCAGGUCGUCAAGGGCCCAGAGAAGCCCCCCGACUUCCAGUUCUCUGCCCGUAUGCCCCGCAUGAGCCAGAAGGACUUGGAGAUUGUGCGCAUGACUGCUUUGUUCGUCGCAAAGAAUGGCCGCCCGUUCAUGACACAACUGGCUCAGCGCGAGGCGAGCAACGCCCAGUUCCAGUUCCUUAUUCCAAACCAUACCUUCCACAACUUCUUCCAGAGCAUGGUCGACCAGUACACAAUUCUUCUCCGCGAGGGUGGAGUUAGCGGCGAGGAAGGCGCCCGCCUCCGGGAGGAGCGCAUCGCCGCCCUUCGGCACAAUGUCAAGGACAAGUACCACAUGCUGGCGCGCGCAAAGCAGAGGGCCCAGUACGCCCAGUGGCUGGAGGCGGAGAAAGUCAAGCAACAAGAGGAGGAAGAGCAGAAGAGGGUCGAGUUUGCCAACAUCGACUGGAACGACUUUGUUGUGAUGGAGACCAUAACCUUCACCGAGGCCGACGACCAGGCCAACCUACCCCCUCCAACCUCCCUAAACGAUCUUCAGUAUGCCUCGCUAGAGGACAAGAACAAGAUGUCUAUCAGCUCCAACUUCCGCAUCGAGGAAGCUUUUCCAUUUGAGGAUACCAGCUACAACGCCUAUCCCCCGCAGACGUACGGCACCCAGGCGCCUCCUACACAGCAGGAACAGUCAGCUGCCACGCCGCCAAACCAGGCUUACGGCGCGCCUUAUACUGGCGGUCGUGCGCGGACUGCUGCAGAGGAGGAGGAGCUGCAGCGCAUCCAAGAGAGAGAGCAGGAGCGCGCCCGCAUGCACCAGGCACAGGCCGAGGCUCGCGGUGGUGUUGCGCCGAUGAAGAUCAAGGAGAACUACGUGCCGCGUGCCGCGCAGCGAGCAGCGUCCAAAUUUGGCACGCAGACGGCGCUGUGCCCCAACUGCAAGCAGCAGAUCCCUCUCAACGAGAUGGACGAGCACAUGAGAAUUGAGCUCCUGGAUCCGCAGUGGAAGGCGCAGAAGGCCAAGGCCGAUCGCCGAUACGCGGCAACCAACAUCUCGACGGUGGACGCUGCGUCCAACCUGAAGCGCCUGCGGGACCACCGCAGCGAUCUGUUUGACGGCGUCCCGGCCGAGACCAUCUCGGCCGAGGAGGAAGCCCGCCGCAAGCGCGUUGCUCUCAACAGCUUCGACGGCAACCCCGAGGGCAAGAGCCAGGCCCACAUCAACCACCUACAGACGUUCAACCUGGAUGAGCAGAUCCGGGCGAUCCACCAGAAGUUCGCCCCAGAGAAGAAGUGA